AUGAGGAAGAAACUCGAUACCCGCUUCCCUGCUGCUCGAAUAAAGAAGAUAAUGCAAGCUGAUGAGGAUGUUGGUAAAAUAGCAAUGGCCGUGCCAGUUUUAGUUUCCAAGGCUUUGGAAUUAUUUCUUCAAGACCUUUGUGAUCGAACUUAUGACAUAACGGUGCAAAGAGGAGCAAAGACUGUUAGCUCAUUGCACUUAAAGCAUUGUGUCCAAAGCUAUAAUGUAUUUGAUUUUCUAAGGGAAGUCGUUAGUAAAGUUCCUGACUAUGGCCACUCCGAUACUUCUGCUGCUGACAUAUCAAAGAGAAGGAAAACUGUACCUGAGGAGUACAAUGACAUUGAAGAAGAAGCAAGAAAGAGCAGAAUGCACGAGGUUUGCCAUUCGAGUAGCAGUGGCAGGGGGAGAGGUCGGGGAAGAGGAAGAGGGCGUGGUAGGAGUAAUCGAAUGACAGAUAGGGAGUCGUUCCGGCAUGAAAAUGAGCCAGAACCCUCCAUGGCGGUCCCUCCGAGCACCAAGCAAACCUCAAGCCCUGGAAGCACAGUUGAUAAUCUAGCGGAGGCAGAAUCAUCAAAAGAAAUGGUCAAAGUUUCUGAUGAUUCAAAUGAUUUGCAGACUCUUGAUCAGAAUGCAAGAAAAGGGGACACCAGUGAUGUGGCCCCUUCUGUUGUAUCCUCUGCAGCUGGGCCUGCUGAUGGCACAAAAGGUGAAGAGUAUCCUGGUUGGUCGUUCUCUGAAGUGGAUGGUAUGGCUAUUGAUCCUCUUCAAAUUGCUCAACUUAAUUCAAGGCUGGAUGAAGAGGAGGAAGAUUAUGACGAGGAAGAAUGA